AUGCCUUCAAUAGUAACACUAAAGAAAGGAGAAGCGUGUGAGUUUGAGAUAUUCAAUAAGCUGUUGUGCUCAUUUAUCUGUCUCAACCUGACAACAGGUGAACAAAAUAAUCACAAACUUCAAGUAGUUGUUUGUACUGCAAACUCGACAAAAUUGAAUUACAAAGAACUUGAAGAAAUAAAGCUAAUUUGCGAAGGGUCUUUUGGAAUGGUAUACAAAGGCACAUUCAGAGGAAAAGAAGUUGCAACAAAAAAGAUGAAACAGAUACAAAAGAUGAAUCAACUUCUGAAUGAUUUCGAAAAUGAAGUGAAUAUGUUGGACAAGUUUAGAAGUGAGUAUAUCAUCCACUUCUAUGGCGCUUGUUUUAUUCCAAACCACAUAUGCAUGGUCACCGAAUUUGCUUUGUAUGGAAGUUUACAAGACUUGAUGAAACACAAAAAGAGUGAUGAAAUUAGUUCGAAAAUUAAAAUGAAAAUCAUAAUAGAUGCUUCUAAAAGGAUAUUACAUUUACAUGAGAAUCACAUUUUACACAGAGACAUUAAACCAGACAACAUACUCGUCAUUUCCUUGGAAAAUGGAAUGAAUGUCAAUGGAAAGUUGACUGACUUUGGAAGUAGUAGAAACAUCAAUUUACUCACAACUAACAUGACUUUCACAAAGGGUAUCGGAUCACCAAAAUACAUGGCACAAGAAAUCUUGAAUAAACAACAUUAUAAGAAGGCAGCUGAUGUCUACUCGUUGGCUGUGACGUUGUUUGAGACUUUGAUAUGGGGAGAAGCAUAUACUGGCGAUGAGUUUAAAUUUCCAUGGAGCAUUGCCAAUUUUGUAGCUUCUGGAAAACGGCUUUCAGUUCGAGAAGGAAUUAGUCCAGAAGCUUAUCGUGUUAUUUCAGAAAUGUGGACACAUAAACCUGAAAACAGACCAACCGCAGAUGUUGUGGUGAUUCUUUUACAAAAGUUACAAAGAAUUAAUUAA